AUGAUACGCGAGGGGGAAAUCGGGGCUAAAUCGAGGGAAGGGCAGACGCUUCAGAACGCGGCCAAAAUCGACGCGGAGACGAAGAUCAUAUCGACGCAGAGACAGGGAGAGGGGAAGAAAGAGGAGAUUAAGGUGAGAACGGAGGUCAAGGUGUUUGAAAAUGAAAGGGAGGCGGAAGUGGAGGAGGCAAAUGCAGAGCUCGCCAAGAAGAAAGCGGCAUGGGCUAAGGCGACGCGCAUGGCGGAAGUGGAAGCAGCAAAAGCUGUGUCGCUCAGAGAGGCGGAGCUACAGAAGGAGGUCGAGAAGAUGAAUGCAUUGACCACCACUGAGAAGCUCAAGGCCCAAUUCUUGAGCAAAGCCAGCGUCGAGUACGAAACCAAGGUACAAGAGGCAAAUUGGGAUCUCUAUGACAAACAGAAGAAAGCAGAAGCUGUCCUGUUUCAAAAGCAGAAAGAAGCGGAGGCACAAAAGGCAAUGGCGGACGCAGCAUUUUACUCUCGCCAGCAAGCUGCGGAUGGAGAGCUGUAUGCGAAGAAGAAAGAGGCGGAGGGACUGGUGGCGCUGGCGCAGGCCCAAGCGCUGUAUCUCCGCUCUCUUCUCAACGCUUUGGGCGGAAACUACACCGCUCUCAGAGAUUACCUAAUGAUCAACGGGGGGCUGUUUCAAGAAAUUGCCAAGAUUAAUUCGGAAGGUGUGAAGGGGCUUCAACCUAAGAUUAGCGUGUGGACCAAUGGGAGCGGCGGACAUGAUUUGGAAGGAGGCGGAGCGGCAAUGAAAGAGGUGGCCGGAGUUUAUAAAAUGCUGCCGCCAUUGUUUCAGACAGUUCAUGAGCAAACUGGAAUGCUUCCUCCGCCAUGGAUGGGGGCCAUGGCUGACUCUAAACGGAACUGAAGCAUGGCGACAAUAAUGGGUUUGGCCUUUU